AUGUAUCUUGAACCUCUCAGCGAGUGGUAUAAAAAUUAUGGGAAUGUCUACGAGGAGAGGAUUAAUCUAAUGUUUAUCACGUCCAGAUUUUCGUUUGGCAGGAAGCAUAAUAUUGGUGGAUCAAACAUCUCUUGUCUCAAAGAGGAACACAACCUUAACCAUACGCUAUUGGCUACAAUGUGUUCUCUUCCGACCAUCGUCUAA